AUGGCGGACCUAUCAAGAUGCCUCCCUUUAACUCGGGAAUCGGUUUUCAAGGCCCACGAACUCAUCAAGCCUCUGAUCCACGAAACUCCCGUUUUCACCAACAAAACCCUCACUCGGAUGGCCUCGACGCCCAGGGAGUUGUCAGAAAAUGCUCGGCCUGCCCAGCCAGUCAUUCGACUCUGGUUCAAGUGUGAGAACAUGCAGCGAAUGGGCGCCUUCAAGGCCCGCGGCGCUUUUCACGCCAUUGAAAGACUUAAGCAGGACCCUGACUGGAUUGCUGAAGGGGGCAUGAAGAAAGGAGUAGUUGGGUUUAGUGCAGGUAAUCAUGCUCAGGCGCUCGCUCUAGCUGCCCAAGAGAGCGGUAUACCUGCUUACAUUGUCAUGCCGGACGUCACCCGCCCCAACAAGAUCGCCGCUACAAAAGGCUAUGGAGCAAAGGUUACUCUUUGUGAACGCUUUGAACGAGAAGCAGCCGCGGCCAAGAUCACAGCCGAGACUGGCGCGCGACUCGUGCCCCCAUUCAACCAUCCCGACGUCAUGCUCGGUGCAGGCACAGCAGGUCUCGAGCUCCAGCAUCAAGUCGAAAAGCUCGGUUCCACCCUAGACGCUAUUAUCGCGCCUUGCAGCGGUGGUGGCCUACUAUCCGGGACCGCGCUUAGUUGCGAGGGCACUACGAUCCGUGUGUUUGGCUGUGAGCCAGAAUUCGAAGGCGCUGAUGAUGCACGACGCGGGUUCAUCAAGGGUGAGCGAAUCACAGAAGUCAAGACAAGUACAAUCGCCGAUGGUUUAAUCGGCGUCGUUGGACCUCUCCCUUGGAGUGUCAUAUACGAGAGAAAGCUCGUCAAGGCCAUGUAUGCUGUGACAGAGGACCAGAUUCUGGAAGCGACGAGGCUUAUUCUGGAACGGAUGAAACUUUUCGUGGAGCCCAGCUCUGCAGUUCCACUAGCUGUUGUCUUGUUCAAUGAGGAGUUUAGGGCCAUGGUGGAACGAGAGGCGGGAGAGAAUGGAUGGGAUGUGGGCAUAAUCCUGAGUGGCGGAAAUGUGAGCGCCGAGGGACUAGCAAAGCUCUUUACACCUUAG